AUGGAUAAGGUGUCCACCCCCACCCGCGACACUCGGACGGGAGGCCUUGCCCCUGGUGUGCGUGGGCUAAUUCCAAGGGUAAACCCCACCCUUACCCAUGCGAGGGUAAAGUGCAGGAAGGGGGUCCCCCAGCCUCAAAGGGUGAAGGUAGCACCCCAGGAUUUAGCUGGUUCGACAAUGAACAAAGGAAGACGCAUCAUGACUCCUUCAUCACCGGUGAGGCAUCCGACAAGUUCCAGAGGUAGAAGUGACGAUCUGAGGUGGGCCCUGACCACCCUCGACUUCGAGGACUACGUGGAACCCCUCAAGGUGUACCUGCAGAGGGAGGGUGGGUUUGGGAGGGGAAAGGCUGAGCUGCAGAGGAGAGGAAGAGGAAGAGGAGGAACGGACGAUGUGGGAGAGGCUGAGUUUGCAAAGGAGCAAGAAGGGGGCGUGGGUCUGCAAAUGAAGGUGAACAGGUGA